AUGGAGUUUACGAGCCAUUGGAGCAUCUCUGAUGGCCCCAGAAAUAUGACAGAUAUAGUCGGUGACAAAAAAGCCCGCAAAAUUUGGGACUCGAUAGGCCUCAUCUCCGAAAACCAAGAUCCUUGGUCCUCUCUCGUGGUUCUGAUAAGCCAGUCAGAAGAUGAACCAGACGCUGCAACGCUAGCGGAUUUGCUGCGACAUGUUUCGGAUAUCAAUGUCCGUCACCCGACAGGCGUGACACUCCUGAUCUACGCCAUUGUCUUUGACAAUCCUCUUUUCAUUGAACUUCUGCAUAGCACAGGCCGUUUGGACGCCAAUCUCCCCGACACGAUCGUCGGGUACACUCCCCUAAUGUGGUGUUUCCAUCUGGAGCGUCAAAAAUGUUGCAUAGAGCUCCUCAAUUUUUGGGGAGAAAUCGAUCUCGACGCAACGACCGAAACUGGUUCAACUGCCCUCGAUCUCCUCGUUCCCGGCUCCACUAUGUACGAAUUUGCCGAAGAGCACGAACUACUUACCUCUGCACGUCGCAGUUCCAUUCCUGAUCUUUACAAAGCUCCACCGACGUUUACAACAGACGUUGAUCACACUAUCGACAAUAUCGCGCUGCAGGCUGCAGGGUUGACGCUCGAGGAGAGCGAACCUUUCGAAGCUGAGAAAAGGUUGAAUCCAGUCUCUGAUCCCUUCAACGACUACUCCAGAACCGAUUCCAUAGCCUUCGACUUCGACAAUCUUCAUCCCGAUCAAUUCAUAGAAUUUGCCGAUUACGACAUUCCACGAAUACUUGAGCUUUUGAUGCAGCUGCCUCUGAAAAAGCCGCACAAAACUUGUACACCGGCUGCUGUCAUAUUCCAAUGCAUACGCUACGCAGACAGGAGACGACAAAGCAAGGCAUUGGUCGAGUCAUUUACAGGUCUUUCUUUGACCAAAAUUCUCUCCACUAUCGUAUCCUCUUCGGGCGGUGUCGUGUCUGAGAAUCCUGGAGAUAUUGUUUCCCAAUCUUAUUGGCUAUCUGCACUAUGCUUUCUGUUCUAUUAUCUUUAUCGAGAAGAGAGCUUUUUCAAAAGAUACCCCAAAAUCUUACAAGAUUUAAUUGACGGCAUUAGAGCCACUCUUGUCGAGCUUGUCUCCUCAAUCAAUUCAAGAGUCGCACCUCUGAUCGAUUCCACUAUCUUGAAGUACACUUCAAUUGAACAAGUUAAACAAACCUUGUACAGAAGCGAUUGGAAUUUAUUCAAGAAGCGUAGGGGAAAAGCGAAAGAUGCAAAUUCAACCUCUUAUGAUAAAAUUUUGACGCUUUUGUAUCCGCCAUCAGUCGAGGAACAGAAGAAACCUUCACCUUUAAAGGUGGUUCAAAUUUUUGGUGCUAUGCUGUAUGUCUUAGAUUUACAUCAUCUCCAUCCGCUUAUUGCUCAGCAAUGCUUGUCGUUAAGCAUGAAAUGGUUUUCAUCCUGCGUAUUUAACAAAAUCAUCAGCGACAAAAGGAAGCUAUUGUCCAGAGCACAUGCAAUACAAAUACGCUUAAAUUUGUCUGCUAUUGAAGAUUGGAUUAAAAAUCAUGAUUUCACUGCUCCUGUUCCAAAUAUGAUUGACGAAUUUAUGUGGCAGAGAUUCCCUUUCACGCUCAUCUUUGAUCUGAAGGACAUUGACGUUAAAAAUCUGCCCCCCGAGCCGCGAAAUAUUACCAGCUAUCGGCCCAAGAAGACCAAUGUGAUAGAAGAUGCCUCCAAUUCGCUAUUUUACUAUCAGUCAUUUUACUGCAUUUCCCAGAUUCAUAUGAAACCUUUACUACAAUUGCUUCAGUGGCUUCAAGUCGCAACAUCCAUGAGAGACGAGGAGAGCUUAAUGGCAACAAGUUCUAUGCUAGAUAGAAUAAAUUUUCUCCAGUUGUUAAAGUCCAUAGGAAGAUACAAGUAUGAGCUUGAAGAGCCGAAGUUCAAGUCUAGCCUCAAGAAAAAACUCGAAGCCAUUAUAAAUGAAUCUCCUUCACAAGAAUUAUAUCUUCCGGAGAAGACUUUACCAGCUUUAACUUUACCAACUAUUGCAGAAUUAAUUGAUUUCUAUGCGAAUCGUGAAGAUGGUUUGGAAUUUCUCCCUUUUUUGACACCAGACAUCCAAGACGACUUGAAUGAAAUCCACGACCAAAAUCUCAAGUCGAUUACGACAGCGGCAACCGAUGACAACUAUAAUGAUAACGACUCAGAAGACGAUGACAAGGGUAAUGAAAAAGUCUCUGAUACCGCGGAAAAUGAACUGUUUUCAACAUUGAACGCACCAUCGGCAGCGGCUCAAAAGCCUCUCUGGGCCAUUAACAGUGAUAUCGAGGGUAACCCAUGGUAA